UAUUAAUUAGAUGUAAUGGUUUGGCGCUAUAGACAAAGGAGAAAAAGUUCAUACCUCCGUAUAGACAAACCAAAGCACAAAUUAAGAAAGAGGAAGAAGAAGCAGAGCAUUGUGAAAUUCGUCCAUACUCUGCAACAUCCCCAUCUGAGUCGCGUCCGCGCUAGCUUUCCUCUCCCAACUCUCUCUAGAAGCAGAGGAAACUAUCCACUAGCCUCGCUCUCGCACGCUUGAACCAACCAUGCUCACCUACCUCUACCUGGAAAUAACAUCACAAAGCGUACGCUGGUAGUUAAGCAACAAAACCUAAUGCCAUUGGACGGGAACAGGCCACAUACAUAUAUAGCUAUAAGACGUCGAGCCAGAGACAGGCAUCGCACAAGAAGCAGAGCUGAGCAGAGCGAGAGGCAGACAGACAGACAGCGAUGGGGUUCGGCGUGGUGUCCCUCCUGAACGCGGUGUUCCGCCGGGCCUUCACCUCGGCCGGCCUCCGGCCCAGCUCCGUCGCCGUCGACGCCGAAACCACGCUCCACUUCUGGGCCCACCCCUCCCUCCUCCCCUCCUCCUCCUCCGACGGCGACGACAAACAGCGGGGGCGGCGGCCGGUGGCGGUGCUGAUCCACGGGUUCGGGCCGGACCCGACGUGGCAGUGGGCGGCGCAGGUGGGCCCGCUGUCCAGGCACUUCGACCUCGUCGUCCCCACGCUGCUCUUCUUCGGCGCGUCCACCACGCGCGCCCCUGACCGCUCCGACGCGUUCCAGGCCGCCGCCAUCGCCAAGCUCCUCGGCGCCGUCGCUGUCGGCGGGGAGGAGGGAAGGGUGGUGCACGUGGUGGGCACCAGCUACGGCGGGCUGGUGGCGUACCACCUGGCGCGGGCGCUGCAGCAGCAGCAGGGCGGGGCGGCCGGAGCCGGAGCCGGAGGGUGGACGGUGGGGAAGGUGGCGGUGUGCAGCUCGGACCUGGCCAAGGGCGCGGAAGACGACCGGGCGCUGGCGGCCAAGGGCGGCGUGGCGGACGUGACGGAGCUGAUGGUGCCGGCGGACACCAAGGCGCUGCGGCGGCUGAUGGCCAUCUGCGCCCACGGCCCGCCCAAGUACCUCCCCGAGUGCCUCGCCCGCGACCUCCUCCGGAAGUGUUUCGCUGUCCAAAGAGAGGGGAAGAUCGAGCUCAUCAAGGGGAUCGCCAGCGGGCACGGCUUCGAGAUCACUCCACUCCCCCAGGAAGUGCUGAUCGUGUGGGGAGAGUUCGACCAGAUCUUUCCGGUGGCCAAGGCGCACAAGGUGAAGGAGAAGCUGGGGGAGAAGGCGAAGUUGAGGAUCAUCCCAAACACGGGCCACCUCCCGCACCAGGAGGACUCCAAGCUCUUCAACCAGAUCCUCCUCGACUUCCUGCUGCCUCCGCCUUCCUCCUCCAACGGCAUCGCCGCCGGCAAAUAGCUACUCGAUUGAUUUCGUGCAUGCAUGCAGGUUUUGAUAGAGGAUCAAUCAAACCGGGAGUUGGGUGUGGUGUAAUUAAGUGGCGGCGGUGGACGUACGUACAUGUGGCGGUAACUUGUAAUUGAGCGUAUUAUCAUGAAGAUGUUGUUUUGUUUCAUGCA